UUCUAACUCAAAUGUCAACCUGAUUUUAGAUAGUAUUUAAAUGAGAUCAAGAAAUCCAGUUAUAUGUAGGCCUAGUCCUGUAUAUUUUAUACAUGUACUAAAUGCACUGUAGACAAGCAUUUAUGUUUAAUAGUUACAUUUUUCUGGGAUACUUUUUUAUUGUGUGAUUUCUAUUUUCAGGAAAAUGCAAUGGUAACAAAAAAAAAAAAAAGACCAAAAACAUAAUCCAACAGAAGAUUAUGGCUGCGGUGAAACAAAGCUGCACUCAAAUAAAUGAACCAAGACCUGCUGUGGGAGUGCUGAAGGAUUCAAGUGUACCAAGUCCUUCGUCUCCUCAGCCAUGUAAGAGGUCAGACAUGGCUGAAGAGAUCAAAGAGUUAAAAAAUGAAAUUAAAGAGCUUAAAGAAGAUUUAAAAUAUGAGCGUCGCUUCAGGAUAAAAGCAGAGAGAGAGCUGAGGGAGUGGAAAGAAAUGCAUGCUGUUGUGCAGGAGCUAAAAGGCACAGUAGGAGAAAUAAAGAUGUGCAUUUCAAAGCACAAGCCUGACACUCUGCAGACCUCAUCUUCUCAAAAAAUCGGUUCUCAAAUUCAAGAACCAUGCUCUGCUCAAGGAAGUAAGCAGGUAGUCGAUUACAUCAAUUUGGGGGAGGGGGUGCGGAUCAAGAGAAGCCAGUUUGAUAGGAUCAACACCCAAGAUUUUAAAAAAAAUUACCAGCGAGCUUUUCCUUGUAACCUUUGGGCGAGAAACACUUGCCACUCACUCUCUAAAUGGAAGAAAGGCACCCAAUGCAGAGACCAGCAAGGAGGCACUUCCAGCUCACACAGUGUCCGUCUUAAUAGACUAUAUCCAAAAGAAAUUCAGUGUGUCUUCAUCUGAUGUAAAGGCAGUCAUAAGAACCAAGCUUAACAACGAGGACAAGCUAUUCAAAAAACGAAACCUUCCUGAGUAAUGGAAAUAGACUAUAAAGUGUUUAUUUGCAAAUGAUUAAUUUAUUCAUUUAAUUUCUAACUCUCAGCCGGUUAUUUAAAGUUUAAAUUAAAA